GAGUAAUAUAUUGUUAAGUCAAAGACACGCAUUAUUGUUAUAAGCUUACCACACACUGACACAAGUAUUGACCACUUACUUUGGAACAAUUGAGUUUCGGACUAUAACAAGAGUUAAACCAAUGCACGUUACACUAGUGAGUUCUAUGUUCCUUGGAGUGAACACUUCUUUAACAUGCUUAUCUAAGAUAAUCAAAUCUCUUUCCAAACAGUUCAUUGUAGGUUAAAAUUCAUAUGACAAACUUUUCUAGCUUUCAGCUCCUCUAUAAUCAAAAGAAACAAUUCAAAGUUAUAUAUCAUAUGGAUAAAAAUGUUUUUGAAAUAUAUCAAAGAGGAAAUACAUGUGUACAUAACUGAUAAGCAUAUUUGAAAGAAAAUAUACAUACAGUAUUUGUUUUUGAGAAAGAAGAAAAUAUACAUAUUCUAAAACUAAAGUAGGUUAUAUAUAUUAUAUAUGCUUAUCCGUUAUAGUAAUAUUCCACUAGAUGAUAAUCCACGCGCAUGCGUGAAGUGAAUUUUUAAUAGUAAUGUUUGUUCAUUAAAUGAUUUUAACAUUUUAAAUACUACAAUUUUUAUUGGUUGUAAAAUGACAAAUACAAAUGUUGGCAUCUUAAAUGUAAUAUCGUUGUUGAAGAGUUAAUGUAUUACAGAUUUACAGCUCAUUUUAAGAUUUCAUAUGCACAAAAAAAUUAAAUUUUGCGUCUGACACAAAUCACAAAAACCAGAUAAGCAACAUCGAUUGUAAAAUGACGAAAGAGGAUUAUGUUUUAUGCUUUCGGUUUGUUUACGAUUGACUCUCCGUAAGUGAUUUCAUUUUCUACCUCUAUAAAAUUGUGCUUUCAUUCUCGUUUAUGUUUCACUGAUAUGAGUUUUGUUUCUUUUUUAACUUCUUCUAUGAAUUCAGUGAACUACAUAAGUGUCAAUUAAAAAAGAUGAACAUCUGUAAAAAUUAGCUCCACUCCAGGUACAUAUCUAAGAAUCAAAAUUUUGAAGAAAACCAUGGAAAACUCUAUUCACAGGUUAGUAGUGUUCAAAUCUAAUAUAUCAAGUUGUUCUAGAAUAUAAGUGCAAACUCGAAAGAUAAAUGUAUGUAUAGUAUAUAUUCACCAGUUUAGUAUAAAAAUUAUCUAAUUCUAAAACAACAAAACAAAUUACUUAUUUUAUUAAUACGCUUUUGAGAUUACUUAAGAGUGUACCGAUAAAAAUAUAUAGAAUAUUUUACCAUUCUAGUAUAUGUAAACUAUGUAUAAACUAAGAAUUGUUUGAUUUACUAAAUGAUCAACCAUAUAACUUAUAAUAAAUAGUUCAUAUAUCUCAUUCUUACAAUUAUAAUAGCUAGAUAGAGUAUUAGAGAGAAACAAAUAUUAGACGAAUGAUCAAAUAUCUCAUUCUUUUAACAAACUCAAAAUGAGGUGAUUGAAUUUUGUCAUGAUAUUUCAUUAAAAGUUUUUUAAGAAUACAAAUCAAGAUUAUAAUAUUUAAUCUGAAUGAAAUAAUAUAUAUAGUGCUUUCAAUAUUAAAAAUCACUUCGAUUUGAAGAAGUGUAUUUCUAGGAUUGUCAUAAUCAAAUAUCAUAUUAGAAACCACCUAUUUAAAAAUAAUUUGUAUACAUAAGAGUAUAUACAUUAGCGUAAGCACAUAAAUCAAACCAAAACUUUUUGUUUUUUUACAAUCAUGUUUUUGGUAAAUAAAUCAAAACAAUAAUUUUAUUUACUUUAUUUGGUAUAUAAUUAAACUUUAGUGAUAUUGACAUAUAUAUAGUAUAUUUUAAUAUAAAGAUUUACUAUUGACACUUUGUACUCAUAUGAUUUUAAUAACAUUUGUAUAUUUAUUGUAAUAAAAAUUUAAGCCAUUAAUCACAAAACUUUUAAUGUGAGAUUUAUAAAUAAAAAUUUCAAAAUUAAAAUAUUAAGAUCUCAAUAAUUUUUCAAUGCAAAUUAUGAAAUUAACAUAUUUAUAUAUUUUAUAUUUUAUAUUUUAUAUAGUAUAUAAUUUAAUUUUAAUGAUAUAUAUAUAUAUAUAUAAAAUAUGAAUAUCUAUUAAUUAGACUUCAUAUUCAUAUGAUUUAUGUUCAUUUGUAUCUUGUUUGAACAAAUUAAAGUUAAAUCAUUAAUCACAAAAUUUUCAAUGUGAAAUUUUUACCCUUUUUAGUAAUUUAAAGAAUUGAGAUUAUUGUUCUGUAAACUACUAAUCAACUUGAUAGUUAGUUUAAUAAAAAAUAUAAUGAAUAUUUGUAUGGACAAUCUAAUUUUUCUAAGGAUUCUAAGAGUUAUACUAUAUUGAUGACACAAAGCUACGAAAACAUGUUGUAAUGCUCUAGGACUAUAUAUAGUGGGUGUAGUAUUAUUUUUGCUUCGUGUUUGGUGUUUCUAACCACGAUGAUGAUGAAGUUGGGUUCAAUUUUCUGUUCGUUUCUCUUCUUUUUCUUUGUUUACUUUUAUUUUCUAGGAAACACAGAGUUCAAAAACAUCUAGGAAUAAAAAGAAAAACAUAGAGUAUAUUCCGGAUGAUUUGGUAGUGAACAUACUCUCAAAGGUUCCAUUGGCAUCUCUAGCAAGAUUUCGAUCGGUAUCCAAAGGAUGGAAUGCUUGAUAUUAAUUCUAUUUUUUUAAGGGAUGAAGCCCAUCAAAAUAGCUUGCUAUCUGGAUCUCUAUGAAUCGUCUAUGUGUUGCACUAUUGCAUGGAGCUGGCUCAUCCUGCCAAAUAUACACUUAAGUAUUUUUUUUUUCCUUUUUAAGCCCCAACUAAAUGGCCCUAUUAACUCAAAAUUCAGCCCAAAAACUAUUAAGUAAUGAUUUUAAAGGCCUGACAAUCAAAAAACUAAUCAUCCUAUAGUCACACACUAAACCACCAAUUACAACUCGAUUAUCGUAAAACAAAAAAAAAACAAAGAACGAACUCUAACAUCGAUAUCAACGAAAUCGUUGAAACCGAAAAGAGAUUUUUGAGGGUUUUUGCUUGAUCACAUCCGAUAACUAAUGUCUGUUGCGUCGUUUCAUGGAGUUCCUUCUCUUGUCGACGAAUCCGACGAUGAAGAAGCUAUGGAGCGAAACGCGUUUCGAAUCGGAUCAGAAGAGUAUCUCCCGGAGGAUUUGCUAGUGGACAUACUCUCAAAGGUUCCACUGGCAUCACUAGCAAGAUUCCGAUCAGUAUCCAAAAGAUGGAAAGUUCUGAUCAAUUAUUUGAGAUUCAAGAAGUCGUCUCAGAUCAUGUUGAUUGAUUCUAGGGUUUAUCUAGUGAGCAUUAAUUUACUUGGAGGUCAAGACAACGUUGUAAACAUAACAAGUCAGUUUAGCCUCAAAGAUCCUCUUUCUAGUUCUUCCAAACAAGUCAAUAUUCGUGAGGUUUUUCACUGCCAAGGCUUGUUGUUAUGCACCACCGAAGACAAUAGACUAGUGGUUUGGAACCCAUGCUUAGAUGAAACCACUUGGAUCAAACCAAGAAGUUACUACGAGAGAUCUGACAUCUUUGCUUUAGGUAAAUCCUCAUGCAACAAGUACAAAAUCUUGAGGAUUGCUCUGCAUGGACCUAGACGUGCUUUUGAAUUUAUGAAGCCGCGCUUAUAUGAAAUCUAUGACUUUACCUCUAACUCAUGGAGGGUUGUACAUGAUGAAACUAAAGACUGGUCCAUUCUAGGGUUAGCGCGUCGCGGCACGUGCGUGGAUGGAAAUACUUACUGGCUUUCUUUUAGUUCAAGUCAACAGCUGUGGAUGGAUAUCUUACUAUGUUUCGACUUUUCAACGGAGAGAUUCACAAGUAUGCAUAUUCCUUCUUCUGGCAGAAUGUUUGCUUUGUCUAUGACUAGAGAGGAGCAAAAACUUUGUAUGUUAGCUUCUGUUGCCGCCGACGAUGUAGAUGUAUGGAUGGCGAACAAGAUUGAUAGUACUGGAGCCAUGUCAUGGAGCAAGUUCAUAACAGUGAAACGAGUCUAUAACAACCACCAAUGGAUGUUCUUAACUGGGAUGAAUUACUUGGUGGACGAGGAGAAUAAAGUAAUAGUGUGUCCCGGUAAAUCUUUGGACUCUGGCAGAUUCUUACACAUUGUGGGAGAGGAUAAGUGCAUACAGGUGAACCAGCAUGAUGCAGGAUCUAGAUGCUCACUUCUCCUCAACUAUGCUCCAACUCUGGUCUCUGCUUCAGAUAUUUUAUAAAACUAAAUGUUGGGUUUGCUACUUUAUUAUAUGUUUAAUUUUUCAUUUGGUCUCUGCUUCAGAUAUUUUAUAAAAAUAAAUGUUGGUUUAUUAUAUGUUGAAAUUUUCAUAUUAGUUUAGCAUCUCUUCCUUUAACAUAACCAUAAGAAACAUAUAGUGUUUUUUUGGUUGAGGUAAGCCUAAAAAGAAUACAGUGAAAUCGUGAUAAUAAGAGUAGGUAAGUUCAGACAAAAGUAAAACAACAAGAUCAUUCAUCUCUCUUCUUGUCUUGUACGCCAAGUAGCAAAACCUUAUUCUCGGGAUCAGGAAAUGCUAAGAAGGCUUCUCGGCGAGUUACAUCAGCUUGAAUAUGGGCUAUCGAUGAAAUGUAUAAAGGUGACCACAUCCUUACACCAUAGAGAUUUUUGAGGACCUUCAUUGUGUGUGAAACACACUGGUCAUCGGAUCUGAUGACUGACUGCAAAACUGCUCUAUAAUUUUCUUAGUGCGGUUUUGAAAUGCGCUUCUUAAAGAGAUCCUUGCUGCAAUGAGAUUAUCCCAACUCAUCUUCCAAAUGAUCAGCAAGCAUUUCAGACAACAUAAAAUUCAAAACGUUUUCUCCUUGGCUUGAUCCUUCCUCUUGCACAAUCACUAGUCAUGAUUCAUGAAUAUCGGGACCUGCUUCGUCACCCAUGUCAAUUAGCUAAGCAUAUUUCUGUUAUAUAUGUCACUUGCUAAUAAUGUAGUGUGCCAAGUUCAGAACAUGUUGAGGAAAAAAAUAUAUCAAUUAUGUUCAUCACUCCAUGAAAAAAAGAGGGCAUUGUGAACAAUUUAAAAACAAAUCAUCAUCUAGUAAGAAUGUAUGAAACAACACAUAGCGCAAUGAAAAUGAAUUACUGUGCAACAUAAAAAUCAAUCAUGAGUGUAUACAAUGCUUUUAAAACUUAUCUUCAGAGACUUGCAGCAACAGUAGCAUAAGCUGAAAACAGUAGAUCAUGCUUCCGCAUUUUUAUUCCCCAAUAACUUUAUAGUUGAUACCACCAAGAGUAGUAUAUUAAAUGAAGUGAAAGGCACGAAGUAUUGUUAUAAGGUCACUACACAAGUAUUCUUAGACUGAAGAAACAUUAACAUGCAUGCAUAAGUAAAUCCUAAUGGACCUUUCAUUAACAUUCAAUUCAAAAAAAAGAAAAAAAACAUAUAAUGAAGAUGUCGAAGUCUAGAUUGAAAAUGUUAUAUAACAAACCAAUUGAUAAAGACUCAUAAGAAAGCUACCUGUUGCAGCCAAGUGUGAUUACAGUCCUGACAAUCCCAUCGAGUCUCAGCUUCUUCUUCUUCCUUAUGACAUCAACCGAAACUUGAACAGGUGUCCCGUCCGGAUAAUCCUUAACAUCUUUUGUCACUCUCAGUCCCAUUGAAGAAGCUCUCUUCUUAGAGACCUCAGUGGACAACUUCCCCAACCCAAGCCUCUCUAAGGUGGUGCAGUAUUCAACAUGUGUGACUGACGCAUUUCUCCUGUACAUAACCGAACCUUCCCAUGGUGAACCGGUAUCCUCGACGUCCUCCUGAUCUUCCCAAUCAAUAUCUAUUGUGCUGUUGUCUGUAAAAGACUCCGGA